AUGCCAGUACCUGGGGGUCGCCGAUACCUUCCUUCAACUGCAGUUUUCUUAACAGAGCUCUCCAAGCUGGUGGUGUGCUUGACUGUUUCCUUGUACGAGAUUGCCACGAGCCUGCCACGGUCUACGCCUGCAACAUCAUUAUUCGGCGCUCUAACCAGCGCUGUAUUCACAGGCGACAGCUGGAAGAUGGCUGUUCCGGCUAGCCUCUACACACUUGCAAACAACCUCCAAUAUGUGGGGAUUUCUAACCUGGAUGCAGCCACCUUCCAAGUCACCUACCAGUUGAAGAUCAUUGUUACUGCUAUUUUCAGCGUCACAAUCUUAAGGAAGAGUCUGACUCUGCGGAAGUGGGCCGCGCUGAUACUAUUGAUGGUGGGGGUGGCCAUCGUUUCAAUUCCACAUAGUAAGACGGGGGGACUCGAACCCAGUGGGCACAGCAGGAUAUAUUUGCCUCGUUCGUUGGACUCCUUACGCGAACACUUUCUGGAUACAACAAACACACCUCUAGCGAAGCGCUCUGCCACCUACGAGGGUAUAGCAGAGGAUGAGAUGGCCCUGAAUCACCCUCGGGUGAGUGCCUCCAUUGGCCUAUUAUCGGUUAUUGGCGUCUGCAUAUGCUCUGGCCUUGCUGGAGUGUACUUUGAAAAAGUGAUCAAGGAUGCUCCAAAGCUGACCUCCAUGUGGAUCCGAAAUGUUCAGCUCUCCGUCUACUCGCUAGUGCCUGCACUCUUUAUUGGAGUGAUUUUUCUGGAUGGUGAGACCGUGGCCAGGUAUGGAUUCUUCGAUGGAUACGACUGGAUCGUAGCUUCAUCAGUCAUUCUCCAAGCGCUCGGAGGCAUCCUAGCGGCCUUCUGCAUCUUCUAUGCUGAUAACAUCUCGAAGAACUUCGCCACAAGCAUCAGUAUGGUGCUUAGCUCUCUGGCAAGCUUCUUUUUUUUCGAUUUUGAAGCGACAGGAAAUUUCGUGCUUGGCACUUCCGUUGUUCUUCUUGCUACAUAUCUUUAUAGCUAUCAAGAGCUCAAAAGACCUCGACCGCCUCCAAUCCGGAUACAUAGCUACGAGAAGACGACAAUUGACCGGGAUCCGAAAGAGGACGCUGGUAGAGACCUUUCCAUCAAACUCCCAUUAACACCACUCAAGAUUGAGGCAGCAUUGAGCACCAGCAGGCCGGCUAGCCCAAACCAGCAACACAAGAGGAAAGGUGAAAGUGGAACCUACUUUACGAAGCAUUUAGACUGA